AUGACCGUAGCAGCAAAAAUCUUCACAAAAAUGCAGUACACCCAGACGAGCAAGAGGCCUCCUGGUCGCAGAUUCUCUCUCGAAGAAAAAGUGCUCUCGCUUUCUUUAUAUAAAAAGAGUCCAAGAAGCUACCCUCUUUUGGCAAAAUAUUUCACAUUGCCUUCAACUAAAUCAUUAAAAAGACUUUUGACCAAAAUAGAAGUGAAGCCGGGCCUUAAUAAAUGCAUAUUUAUGAAAAUUAAAAAUACCGUCAAGGAGCUAUGUACAGAAGACCGCUUAUGCAGCUUAAUUUUCGAUGAAAUGUCAAUAUCCCCUCAAAUCCAUUAUAACGCUGCUAAAGACCAGCUUAGAGGGUUCACAUUUGAUGGCAAGAAAAUUGCUCAAUUGCUUGAAAUUGAAACUCAGUGA